AUGGAGGCGCAGGGUGCUCGCAUCAUCACUGAUAUGCUUAAAGCACUGGAGUCUAUCAAGACAAGAGACUACGACACUAUCACAAAAGCACUCGAUGGCUUGUCUGGCAACAUUCGAGAAAUCGGUGCCCUCCUUGAGCGAAUGUAUGAGCAUUGCGACCCGAUGGUUUUCUUCUACGAGAUCCGCCCGUUCCUAGCUGGCAGCAAAAAUAUGGCAGCGGCUGGUCUGCCCAACGGUAUCUUCUACAACGAGGGGGACGGCCGUGGUAGCUGGCAGCAACUUCGAGGAGGCAGCAAUGGGCAAAGCUCACUUAUCCAAUUCCUCGAUAUCGUGUUGGGCGUUGAGCAUACCUCGGAAGGCAACAGCAAUCCGCAUGCCAGCAAAGGUGCUGCCAGCAAAGAAAAAGUGCCGGCUUUUCACGAGGAAGUCCGCAGCUACAUGCCGGGACCACACAAGCGCUUCCUUGAGCACGUUUCCCGUAUGGGUAGCAUUCGCGAGUUCGCCAAGUUACCGGCUUCUACAGUCGAGCAGGAAAGGUUCCGCGAAGCAUACCAAGUUGCGACCAAGACCAUGACUGAGUUCAGAAACAAACACUUGCAAAUUGUCACUCGUUAUAUCGUCCUUCCGUCAAAGAAGGCAUACAGCGGCGCCAAGGUCGACUUGGCAAGCACAUCUGCAGUCAAAGAUGAGCAGCUCACCGGCACGGGAGGUACGGCAUUAAUGCCAUUCCUCAAGCAAACUAGGGACGAGACUCUACAGGCUGGACAGUUGGAGAGAGAGGCACGAAAGUAA